UCCAUCUUACACCAUGUGGGACUUGUGUUGUUUGUGCUUUGGUUGCUGUCUCACUACAAUUGCUGCUACCCAGUUGCCUACCUUGUCUCUCUGAUUUAUCUCUACCUGGUUCAUGAGCGGUAUGUUAUGAGAUUGCGAAAGAAACUACAAUUUGAGGAAAGAAAACAGUCUAAUCAGAGAAGGGUACUUACUGAUUCUGAAACAUUGCGAUGGUUGAACCAUGCACUUGAAAAGAUAUGGCCCAUAUGUAUAGAACAGAUUGCUUCACAGAAGAUUCUCCUCCCUAUUAUACCUUGGUUUUUGGAGAAGUACAAACCAUGGACUGCUAAGGAAGCAGUAGUUCAGCACCUUUAUUUAGGACGAAAUGCACCUAUGCUCACAGAUAUUAGAGUUAUUCGCCAUUCCAAUGAUGAUGACCACUUGGUUUUGGAGUUGGGACUGAGUUUUCUGACAGCUGAUGAUAUGAUUGCAAUUCUCGCUGUGAAGAUGAGGAAAAGACUGGGUUUCGGCAUGUGGGCAAAGUUGCAUAUUACAGGCAUGCAUGUUGAAGGCAAGCUGUUGAUUGGGGUUAGGUUUCUUCGUAGGUGGCCUUUCCUUGGCCGUGUGCGGAUAUGCUUUGUUGAGCCUCCAUAUUUUCAGAUGACCGUCAAGCCUAUUUCUACACAUGGCCUUGAUGUUACAGUACUUCCGGGAAUUGCUGGUUGGCUGGAAAAGCUUCUUUCGAUUGCCUUUGAGCAGACACUUGUUGAGCCCAAUAUGCUGGUUGUUGACAUGGAGAAAUUCGUCUCACCGCAGCAAGAGAGUUGGUUCUCUGUGAAUGAGAAGGACCCUCUUGGACAUGUCAGAGUGGAAGUCAUUGAAGCAUCUGACAUUAAAGCUGCAGAUCUAAAUGGAUUAUCUGACCCUUAUGUCAAGGGUCAUUUGGGCCUUUACCGGUUUAGGACUAAAGUACAAAAGAAAACAGUGGCUCCAAAAUGGCAAGAAGAGUUCAAGAUCCCCAUUAUAACAUGGGAUUCAGCUAGUGUGCUAUCUUUUGAAGUUCGUGACAAGGACCGGUUUGCUGAUGAUUGCCUUGGAUUUUGCUCCAUUAACAUUGGUGAGUAUAGGGAUAGCCAGAGGCAUGACAUCUGGUUGCCUCUUCAGAAUAUUAAGACAGGAAGGCUCCAUCUUGCAGUUACUGUGCUUGAAGAUAGUCCCAAGGGGGAUGAUAAUCCAGAUGUUCAGGAAACACCAAAUGUGGAAGAUGAAAGAAAAAGGUUUGCCAAUGACAUUAGUAAUAAAAGUUCUUUCUCAUCUGCAUCAUCAGAAAAGUUUGAGAAGGUGGCAGAUAACUUUGAGCCGAUUGAUGUUGAUGGGCUAAGAGAGACUGGUAUAUGGGUCCAUCACCCAGGACCUGAAGUUUCACAAACAUGGGAGAGUAGAAAAGGAAGGAGUCGGCUCCUUGAAAAUGAGAUUCAAAAUGAUACAGGUGGCCAUAGUUCGGUAACCUCAGUCUCCCCAAAUAAUGAUGAGGACAGUGGCACUGAAAAGAAUCACGAGGAGAAAGGCAAGAUGAAAACAGUUCGGAAGGGUCUAAACAAGAUCCGUUCGGUAUUCCACAAGAAUUCCAAAAAGGACAGUGGUUCAAGCAGCUUUAAAGAGACUGCUUCAUCUGGACAUGCUAAUCUUCAGGAAAUUAGUGAAAAAGAUAUUGCAGUGAGAUUUAUUGUGGAGGAUGAACUUUCCAACCAUCAGGAGGGUAAGGGUUUGAAGGAAGGAGUUGUCACUACUGGAGGGAGUGUUUCAGAGGGAAAGGGCAAGGCUUUAGACAAGGCAAUUAGUUUCCUUAAACCAGCAAAAAAAUCUCGAGAUUUUAGGAAGUGUCAAAGUGAUACUUACAAUGGGAGGGCAAGCAAAACUUCAGAAGAAUUUAACUCUUCUGAUGAGGAUGACACUCCUCCAAAACAGUUAAAAUGA